UCCCUCCCCCGAAAUCCCCAACUUUCCCCCCUAACAUCCAACCCCUCUCUCUCACCCCAUAUCUCAAGUCCCCGAAGAAAAGUUCCAUUUUUUGCCUUCAUCAAUGGGCGGCCAUGAAGCUGUGGAAGUUGCCAAGACCGUCCUCGAAGUCACCGACGUCGCAUGGACCGCCUUGGAAUGUAGCCACCACCUCCACCAUCACCAUGAUGCUCCCCACAAUCUUUACAAUUUCGAGCUUCAAAAAGAAUUGGAAACCCUAAAAUCCAAAAAUCGGCGUUUAAGGAAUCAACUGGAACAGAACCUCAAACUUCUCAAUAAUUUAUCUGAAUCUCUUGUUCUGUUAAACGAUUGUCCUCCUAACCUCUAUGCUCGGUUGGUAUCUACCGUAGAUUCUAGAGACUUUUUGACCCGACUCAAAUCUCUUAAUGAAUCCGAUAUUAAAAUUGAGUUUCCAUUCAAGGAAGCUACAGGUUCUUAUAUACUAAAUCUCUUCAUUUAAUUGUAAUUGUUUAAUAGAAUAAAUUAUGGCAGAGUAAUGCUACUUUUCUCGAAUACAACACAUGGAACUGGUAGGAUCAUCACCCAAGUAAAUUAUUUAGCAAGGUAUGCUAUUGAAACUGAGCGACGCUGCUGCAAUUUUAGUGUGCGCAAUGGUUUUCUUGUUUGGAAUGCUUGUCCAUGUAAUGAGUUAGGCAUCCCAUACCGCAUGCUAUUCUAAAAUAAUGGAAUGAAACCUUACGACAGUGUUUGGUGCUGAAAGUAUGAGCAUUAUCUUUGUAAAAAUAAAAAUAAAAAUGUUGGCCGGUUUCUUAUAUUUAAAAAUUAAUGCAUGAUUCGGUGUCAUUGUUCAAUUAUUUGGUAUGGUGAUAUCUAUGGUUGUGGGUGAUACUUGAAGGUCCUACAUUUAGGUUUAAAUUUUGCAAUUGGUACUCGUUAAAGGUAUAUUGUUUUAUGCAUUUGAGAUGGAUGAAUAAAUCUCUGGAAGAAAUACACUGGAAACCAUUAAAGGAAAAGCAAGGAAAGCAGCUUAAUUUCCAGAGACACGCCAGCCAACAAUACUGAAGAUAAUCUGUAGCAAAGAAUAGUACAGCAUGAUAUGAUUGUAUUGGAAGAAAGAGCGGCUAAUGGAUGCCCAAUAACUGUUGUAAUAGCAGUGAAUUUCUCGGGAUUGCUUACACAGAUAGCAUUCUCGCAAAGUGGAACCAACUUUUGUACCAAUCCCAUUCAGCAUGUUUAUGAAACUCUCCUCAUCUCGCGAAAAGCCAUUGAUAAUGUCAGCAGAACGAAGGUAUCUGACAUCUUCGGGUUGCUUCAUCAGGCAACUCAUGAAGCAUACAUAAGCAGUGAAAUGUUUGGAUUCAUCCGUGAAGCAUUGCUCACUUUAUGGCAAAAUGCCUUUUAUCGAACCCUAAAGGUCAGGUUUUUAGCUACUUGUUUGGCUUUUCUCCAUUCGUAAUUUACUAUAUUUACCGUGUUCUUAUGUUCUUAUAUUUACCGUGUUCUUAUGUUCUUAUAUUUACCGUGUUCUUUUUCCUUAGGUGCCCCAAUGAAAAUGAUCUCGGGAUGAGGUGUCCAUUGAUAUCCGUUUUAUCUCUUGCCUGUUUAGUUUUAUUCUGUUCUAAUUUCCAUUGUCCCUUCAAGUAUAAAGAGCUUCUUUUUUUUUUUAAAUUCUCAUGCUAACAAGCACAUUAACCUGUACAAGGAUAUGCAAUUUUCAGUUAUAACAUUGGACUAAUAUUUUCUGUUUUUCUUCAUAUUGAGUUGAUGUGUACAUGAUUUAUUGAAAAAAAGCUUUUCGUUUCAUCCUGAGUAACAUGGUUCUUUGUUUUCUUAAGCAGGGAUGAUGAAGAUGAUUCUGUUGCCAAGAUGAAGGCAGCUGAGGAAGACUUGGAAGCAAAACAAAAAGUAACAAAUAGCUUGUCUGCUACCUGUUUUUUUUUUUAAUCAUGUUUUAUAAUUUUGUGACAAAUUGUUCUUGGUACUCUGAAGAUAUUUAUGGAAAAUUACCCUAUGAUUCUAUUGUAUUUA